CUAUACGAAAAUGACCCCGAAAUUUGUAUGGUUAAACAAAAAUUGUCGCCGUUAGAUUGAAUGAGCGCACGCGCAACUUAAUUGCUGGCAGGUGUUUGACAAGGCGGCCAUCUUGAGACGGUCCUCGCGUGCCAAGACCGCCGAUGCCCCCCACAAGCGUCCGAGCAGGGGGAGCUAGCUUGUUUACGGAGCGGAAGAGUCUGUUUCCUGCCUGUAACAAAACCCAGACUCCCCGUCAGGGUGUCAAGGAGCCGCUCGCCGUACCCGCCGUCCAAUACAUCAUCUUCAUCGCCGAAUCGUUCCGAGAUAAGCCUCCAGGGUCGGGCCGGCGCAGAGACGCCCGCUGCCCUGUUUUUGCGAUUCAGGAGGGUUCAUGCCAAACUUGGAGACCAUGAGAGGAGGAAGUGACCAGUCUGGAUCCCCUGCCCUUUGCCCUCCCUGGGGUCCCAUAAAUUAGCUUUCUGUAAUUCUCUCCCAGACGGCCUUGCCCUAGCAGAUGAUGUGACCAUCAAUGGGUGAGACGCUCCUGGGCCGCCCUGCGCUGGCGGGAAGUUCCACUCCCUCGUAAGAUGCUGUUUCCGAGCUCUGGCCAGCGCUAUGUUGAAACUGGACCGUAACAGCUCGAAAGCCAUGUCUGUGUUUUGCGAAGUUCCCCAAGCGGUACCCGUCGCCGUUUUUAAACUGACCCAGGACUUCAAUAACGACCAGUUCCCACACAAAGUCAACCUCGGCGUCGGGGCCUACCGCACAGAUGAAGGGAAGCCGUGGGUUUUGCCGGUGGUGAAAAAGGUGGAAAAGAUCAUCGCUGACGAUGACAAGCUCAACCACGAGUACCUGCCCAUACUGGGCUUGCCCGAGUUCAGGUCGUCGGCGUCCAAGAUUGCCCUGGGAGACGGCAGCCCUGCUAUCCUGGAGAACAGGGUCGGGGCGGUUCAAUGUCUGGGCGGCACCGGUGCACUGAAGAUGGGGGCAGAGUUCCUAAGACGUUUCUACAACGGAAACAACAACACUAAGACACCAGUUUAUGUGUCUGCGCCAACUUGGGAGAAUCACAACGGCGUGUUCAGCAACGCCGGCUUCGAGGAUGUCCGUCCCUACAAGUACUGGGAUGCGGGAAAGAGAGGCCUGGAUCUGGCUGGUUUCCUCUGCGACUUGGAGAGCUCCCCAGAGCGUUCCAUCUUCGUCCUGCACGCUUGUGCCCACAAUCCAACUGGCACAGACCCCACGCAGGGCGAAUGGAAGCAAAUUGCUGAAGUUAUGAUGAGGAGGAAGCUGUUUGCUUUCUUUGACUCGGCUUAUCAAGGAUUCGCUUCGGGCAGUUUGGAGAAAGACGCCUGGGCCGUCCGAUAUUUUGUCUCUAUGGGCUUUGAAAUGUUCUGCGCCCAGUCAUUCUCCAAAAACUUUGGCCUCUAUAACGAGCGCGUUGGCAACCUGACCGUGGUGGCUCGUGAUGCCGACAACCUGAAGAGGGUUCUGUCCCAAAUGGAGAAAAUUGUGCGGACGACCUGGUCCAACCCGCCGACGCAGGGGGCUCGUAUCGUGGCCGUCACCCUGAACUCGCCCGAGCUCUUUGUCGAAUGGAAAGAAAACGUGAAAACCAUGGCUGACAGAGUAUUGCUGAUGAGAGCCCAGCUGAAAGCCAAGCUCCAGGCUCUGGGGACGCCAGGAACUUACCACAUAACAGAGCAAAUUGGCAUGUUCAGUUUCACCGGACUCAACCCCAGACAAGUGGACUACAUGGUGAAGGAGAAACACAUUUACCUAAUGUCCAGCGGACGCAUCAACAUGUGCGGCUUGACCAGCAAGAACAUCAACUACGUGGCCGAGUCCAUCGACGAGGCCGUCACCAAAGUUCAGUAGGAGGCUCUGCUCAUCCGCACGAGACAAAUGAGUACUGUACCUUAUCUAAAUGCCUCAACGCAGUGGUGGGCAACCAGUGCGGACUGUGCACCACCGUGCAAUUUUGACAUGAAGUAAAACCUUGCAGGAGUAGCUGUAAAACCCCCAAAACAUUUAACAUUCAAAUGCUUAUUCUUUACGGUAGCGUUUACAUAGACAUCACGAAACUCUGGCAUUUAAACAGGAGUGUGUCGAGAUUUUAUAGCCACUGUAUGAUGAACAUUUUAUUUUGUACCUUUUUUUUUUUAUAAAAAACAAACUAUUAAAAGAAAAAAAGGUUCACCCGCCCCUGCCUAAUAACAGAAGUUUUCAAUAAUCUUCCCUUGAGCAAAUAUUUUGUUUAGAGUGGGUAUUUUAAGGUUGUGCAAUUAUGGUUUAAUUUUUUAAAUUUCAUUGUCAUAUUACUGCUGAGAAAUUACCAGUGAAGAAAAUACUAUGUUCCUCGUAUCACAAUUUGAUUUAUGGCAUUCUAAAACUUGUUCAUUAAAUACAGUAGAUGAUGUUCCACUGGUUAAAAUGAAGGAGCAGUAUUGCACUGAAACCUGCUCAAGUGUCUGUUUUAAUCCAAAAGAAAACAUCGUAAUUAAAAGAAAGAGGGGAAAAAAAAAAACUUCACACUGGUUCUCUUAAGACUUGAAACUUGUGAUUUGAGCCAGUAAACACUACAGGGAAGUGUUACAUUUUACAUUAAAGUCAGCUCGAAAUAAAGUAAUUUUCUCCCUAUGAGGAAUGCUUACCACAAAAAGUUGUACUAGUCGAGUUGUUGGAGCACUGACUUAUUUCACUAUGUUUUUAUCUCUUACACAAUACGAAAAUGUCUUCCCACCGGGUAUUUCAAACUUGGAUCAUGGGUGCUUUUAACGCAAAUCCAAGACACCAUUGUCUUUACUCUGUUUAGUCUUAACGUGCACAGGAAUUCAAACUAUCAAUAUUCUCCAUAAUAAAUAGAUUG